AUGUACGUGUGCAGUGAAUGUGGAUUAAUUAUCCCUAUUAUUAAUGGUUUAUGUAACCACUUGAAAGUUAUACAUGGCUUUAAUGUUUUAAGUGUUUUUAAAUGUGGUCAAAAUGGCUGUGACAGAGAGUACGGCACUGCGAAAUCUUUCCGAAAACAUUUAAAUCGGGAUCAUCCUUUUCCCAUUCAACAUCAAGAGGUAGAAAAUUUUGAACAAAUCGAUCUUAACAAUCCUGAAAGAGAAGUGGAAGAUUUUGAACAAAUCGAUCUUAACAAUCCAGAAAGAGAUAUUGCAAUUGUAUUGCCCGUUGAAGGUAAUAAUGAAGAGCAUAAUGAAAUUGAUCGGGCACCUGCAACAUCUGUGAUUCUGAGAAAUACUUUGUAUAAUUCAUCUCUGGCCUUAUCAGCAAAACUUUAUUCGUCUAAUACUUUAAAUAGAGCUCAAAUUCAAGAUGUGAUUGAUUAUAUGAAAGAAUAUUCUUCGAGUGGCUUUCUAGAGGACCUUAAAUCAAGAGUUGAUAAUAUGCUACGCGACACUAAUCAAAGAGAGGAAGAUGUUCGAGAGUUAAAUCAAAUGUUCUCAGUUCUGCAAAAUCCGUUUUCUAAAUUAGAAACCGAAUACUUAAGAAUGAAUGCUCUUGAGGAUCAUGAUUGUUACAUUCGUCCCGUAUCUUAUAUCAUCGGACCUGGAGAAAAAAUUAAAAAUAUUAAUGGACAAGCUGUUGUAACUCCAUUUGAUUUAACCGGACAGCAUAUUCCUAUGCAACGUGUGCUAAAGUCAUUUUUCGAACUACCCGGAGUACUUGAUGAAACUUUAAAUUAUAUUGACAGUUUGAAAAACUCAAGAAAAUUCACAAACAUUAUUCAAAGUCCUUUAUGGAGAGAAAUAGAAGAAACCCAUUUUCAAGGAAAGACAGUGUUUCCUCUAUUCUUAUAUUUUGACGAUGCGGAACCCGACAAUCAAACUGGAUCACAUUCAGGGGACCAUAGUAUAGGUGCUGUUUAUUACGAAAUCCCAUGCAUUCCGCAACAUUUACUUUCGAAACUGCAAAAUAUUUUUGUAUCGUCAAUAUUUUUGAGUAGUGAUCGCGUUUUGUUUAAUGAAGAAGCUUUCAGACCCUCUCUUAAUGAUUUAAAAUAUUUAGAAGAAACAGGUAUUCUUAUUCAAACCGAAGAAGGCGAGCGUCGAAUAUUCUUUGCUUUGUGCUUAUUACUAGGAGAUAAUAAGGGCUUUCAAUCCAUUAAUGGAUUUGUCGAAUCGUUCAACGCCAAUUACUACUGCCGUUUUUGCAAAGAACAUCGAACUACAAUGCGACAACAAAAAAAAGAGAACCUCGAAAUGUUAAGAAAUAUAAUAAAUUACGAAGUAGAUUUACGUACUGAUAAUUUCUCUAUUACUGGUAUAAAGUCUCGGUGUAUUUUUAAUAGUUUAUUUUCGUUUCAUAUUGUUAAAAAUCUGAUGGUCGACAUUAUGCAUGACUUAUUUGAGGGCGUUUGCCAUUAUGAUCUAUGUGCAAUUUUGGACUAUCUUAUUUUUUUUCGCCAAUUUUUCACACUUCAGACUUUAAAUGAACGUAUUCAAAAUUUUAAUUAUGGGCCUGACUAUGGAAAUAAACCAACUUUGAUCACAAGAGACCAUAUUAGAGGAGAAAAGUUAAAAAUGUCUGCGUCCGAAAUGAUGUUUUUUGUUAGAAAUUUCGGAUUAAUGGUCGGCGAUUUAGUUCCGGAUAACGACGAAGGGUGGAAACUGUAUAAAGUUUUAAUUGAAAUUCUAGAUUUUGUAUUAGCUCCUUUUGUUAUAAAUAAUUCAAGCGUCUACCUAGCUAAUUUAAUUGACGUUCAUCAUGCGAUAUACACUGGAUUUUUUGGAAAUACUCUAAAGCCAAAGCACCACUUCAUGGUGCAUUACCCUCGUCUUAUGCAACUGGUUGGCCCCUUAAUACAUAUUUGGUGCUUCAGAUUCGAAGGCAAACAUCGUCCAGUUAUAAAACAAACCGCGAAAUCAAUGACAUGUAGAAAAAAUCUUCCUCUAUCAAUUGCGAAACGCUACGCGUUAAAUGUUUGUGCAAAAUUUCUCUCUAAAACUGGAUUUCCUCAUGAUAUUGAAUGCAAAACAGAAAAGUACACUAUAAUCGAAGCAGAAAACUACGAAAAUUUUCAGCAUAUUUUACCUGUUCAACAUGAUGAUUUAUUAAUUGUAUCAGAAAUAUUUAUUCGUGGCACGUGUUAUAAGCAAGGUUUUAUUUUAGCAAUACGCUACGAAAACGAUUUGCCAUUAUUUGGCGUUAUAGAGACUAUUAUAACUCCUCAAGAAAAUGGCAAUACACAAUUUAUUUUAACUGCAUUACAUACUGUUGGUUUCAAUGAUCACUUACACUGUUACGAUGUCACUCCGACACAAACGUGGUUUUUAUCUUCAUAUAAUGAAGUUUUGUCUUUUCACCCUUAUUUCCUUCGCACAGGGGGUGAUGGAAACCAAUACAUUAGCUUUAAACAUUUAUUGUAA